AUGUCCACCCUAGACUACGUUCUCAGCAUGGCAAGGGCGGUGAUGUUGGCCGCCGCCCUCGCAUGCUCGGCAUGUGCUCUCCCCUCCAUCCCCUCCUACUGCAGCACAUGGAACCCGAUGGAGAUCGAAUGCCCGAUCAACGAGGAUCCGAUGGCCAUUUGGGAUAACUUGUUCCAGAGCAAGAUAUUCGGACAGUCCCUGGCAGGCAGAGCGAUUCACAAGGCGCUGUCACGAAACAUCCAAAAGCAUUCGAACUACUCGAAAGAGAAUUGGAAUCCCUACUAUGUGAACAUGCUUUCCACUUUCUUGGUGGCGUACGAAAACCCUCAAGCACUGAAGGCUCGACCGCUCUUCAUGCACUUUUCUGGGCCAACGGGAGUCGGGAAGUCAUUGACAGCAGACAUAGUCGCAAGCUCCAUGUUCAACCGGCACAAUGCUGACAAUCGUUUGUGCGGGAAGUUUAUCCUUCAGAUGAGAGCGUACUCUUCUCGAAACCCCUUUCAUCUCGAGAAGUACGAGCAGGACAUAAGGCGCAAGGUUGGUGAACAGCUGUCUCACUGCCCAAGGUCAGUCUUGAUCUUCGACGAGAUUCAGAGCAUCUCCGAACAACUCUUGGAUUCUAUCAUCGAGAUUUUCGACGGGUCCGGCCCCCCACUCUUCUUCCAUCCUCACCCUGCUCCUGUCAAUACGAGUUUGUGCGUUGUCAUCGUCAUCUCAGACAUUGGCAGCACCAAGUUGAACCCUUACAUGGACAGGGAGCAAGCAAAGCAGGCGGUGCAAGAGGACGCGGACAAGAAGUUCCUCUUAUCCAAGAAGCGCGCGCUGUUACAGAAUAUCGUGCCCUUCCUCCCACUCACGGAGGAAGACUUUGCCAGCGUGGCGGUCAAAGAGCUGAAGAGACUCGGAGAAAAGCUUGCUAUCGAGUAUAAGGGAUCGUGGAUCGGGAAGCUCACAUGGGCCAAGGAGGUACCACGAUGGAUCGCGAAACAUUGCUGGUCGGAUGCAACGUGCGUGUCUGAUGGAGGAAGAGGAGUCGAGACACACAUCGAUCACGAUAUCUCCACCAUCAUCGAAAACGCACUCAUGUCUGAGUGUCAAAACCCAGAAUCCGUCAGUUUCAACAACAUUGACCUUUCAAUCUCAAGCGAUGGAAACUCACUUGUAGCAAAGAUGGACUCGGUGUACAGCGACUCAGAAUUUAGAGAACUCUGA